AAAAACUAGCAGUAAAUUUUGAGGUGUGUGUGUCUGACAAUAUGUUUAAACUUGUUAAAACAUUAAAUUUCAAAAUGUCAUCGAGUCGAACUUGUAAUUAAUAAUAAUUAUUGAUUCUAGCCCAUAUAGGUGUAUACAUGCACACCCUAGUAGAACCAUGUGCCUUCUGAUUUAUUAAACAUAAUCAAAUUGAUAUUUCAAUGUAGUAUGUCUUUGUUAUCAGAAUCAUGAACAUCGCUGGAAAAUUUAUUGGAGAAGAUCAUCCGGUUUUUAUCAUAGCAGAAAUUGGUCAGAACCAUCAAGGUUGCCUGCGGAUUGCAAAAGAGAUGAUUCUGAAAGCAAAGCAAUUAGGCGUUGACUGUGUAAAGUUCCAGAAAAGUGAUCUUCAAUCCAAAUUUACAAAAAAGGCUCUGGAAAAACCGUACGUCGGACCAAACUCUUGGGGUGCAACCUACGGUGAACACAAAUCUCACUUGGAAUUUACUAUCGAUGACUAUAAAGUAUUACAGAACUUUUGUACCGAAAUUGAUAUUCUAUUUACUGCCUCGGCAAUGGAUCCUGUUUCGCUGCAACAGCUUGUAGAUCUGAGAGUCCCAUUCAUAAAAAUCGGAUCGGGUGAUGCAGACAAUAUUCCACUGCUGAGACAAGCUGCACUCGUCGACAUACCUUUGGUAGUUUCAACUGGCAUGCAAUCGUGGACACAAGUACAGCAUAUCCAUCAAAUAAUUGGCCAUAAGCCGUCAGCGCUCCUUCACUGCGUUUCCGCUUAUCCUACGGCUUCGGAGGAUGCAUGCCUGGGAUUGAUAACGUUGUACAACCAACACUUUCCCGAACUCAUUGUAGGAUAUUCGGGACAUGAGCUCGGGCUGCAAAUUACGGUGGCUUCUGUACUUUUGGGAGCUCGCAUUAUUGAGCGUCAUUUUACUCUGGAUAAAACAUGGAAAGGAACCGAUCACAAAGCGUCCCUAGAUACAAACGAGCUGGCAAGACUAACCAAAUACAUACGAACAGUAGAGAACAUUGGACGGGCUGAAUCAAAUCACAAAAUACAUGAAAUUUUGCAACAAGUGUUAAACGAAGAAGAUUACAAUAGGGAAGAACUGCAUGCCGCUCUGAAGCCAGUUACAGUUAAUGAUAGAAAACUGAUGCCCUCGGAACUUCCCUGUCACAGUAAAUUAGGGAAAUCACUCGUUUUUAGCAACGACGUCGAACCAGAGCACGUCUUGCGGUCUUCUGAUAUAGCAGUGAAAGUUAGUGAACCACAAGGUCUACAACCGGCGAAAUUUGAUAAAAUCGUAGGAAGAAAAGUGACCCGCAGAUUUCGAAAGGAUGAUCCUAUUAUGGAGCAUGAAUUAGCUUCAGGAACUUCAAAGAAUUAAUCUUUCAAAAUAACCCAUAAGUAAGGAACUUUUUUUAAUGAAUGAAUAUAAGGGAAAGUGUUAAGAUGACCAUCCUAAGAGGCCACUACCGGCAGCCCUUGUGAAACAGUGAAACUGCUCCAAAUACUGUUUAUUAAUCUCAUCUGAACUAGUGUAUGCCUUGCCUUUGACAUUACUAUCAAUAAACACUAUUUCUUUAAAUUCA